AUGAAAUUUCUGAUUGACCGAUUGUUUCCUUUAAUCAGGACAUAUGGUACCACUCGACCAUAUUCUGCUAGAAAUAUUGCCCAUUUAGCUUCUAGGGAUGUUUUAAGGUCAACUUCUGGGAGGUUGAGCCUGGUUUCUGAUGAUUCCACAUCUGACUCCUUUCUUCCUCUCAGUGGAUUUAAUGUAAACACUGCCAGGCCCUCAGAUGAUGAUAAAUUAGUUGACGUCGGUGAAUUGGAUUUAAAGGGUGAAUCUGUUCCCGUUGUUGACAUUGGUACCUUUAAAAACUACUUGAUGGUUCCACCGCUCGGAUUAAGAAGAUUCUUCAGCUCAGAGUUGGUCAAAAUUGACGAGAACAAGGAAAUUUUGUAUAAGCAGUACGUUCCCGGCUCCCUGGUCGCACACAACUACCCACUCACGGUCCUACCAGUAAGGCACUCCCGGAGGAUACACCCCGAUAUAUUUGUAAAGACUUUUGUGGAGGACGAUCGCAAUUACAAAGUUACUGCCGAUAAUAGGAAAAUUAGGCUCAGUUUGUCGCCCGGGUUAAAAAUUCACGACUCUUAUCCCUUGCUCCACAAGGUGUGUGGCAGCCCGUCCUUGCUUUUUAUUUUUUCCGGCGACCUGCCCAACUGUCAGUACAAUUCUGUGCAAAAAUGGCUUAGCUACCCCCAUUCUACUACAAAUCGUAUUAAAAUAUCUGUGGUACGUUCUUCAGCUGCUAUUCAGCAUCUAUUAGCUACAAAUAUGCCUACUAGCACAAACACAAAUGUCUAUCGGCCUACCAACUCUGCUGGUCACCUUAAUGUUCUCAACUCCCCCUGCAGCAGGCUUCUCUCUUGGGCCUACGGCAGGUACCUCGAGACUCUCGCCAGGACCAUCGUCGAGGAGAGCAGGUUCAUGUCUGUCACGAGGAGGUUGAGCACUGAGUCCAUCGUCGCCCUGCACCAGUACAGGAAGCAGCUGCCUUCCGUGAUCCUGGUUGACAGGAACGGCUACAUUCGGUGGCACGCCGUAGGCUAUCCCACCCUCGAGGCAGUCACUAUACUCAACGACUCAGUUGCUAAGGUGUUGAAUGAGGCCUAA